AUGUAUUGGGUGAUAUUAGCGAGAAAAUCGCCAUAUUUGAGUCAGGUUGAUUCUACUUUUCCGUUUAUCGAUUGCAUGUCAGGACUUCUUACACUUAAUGAAGUUUUAUCAUGUGUUCCGCCAUCUGUCUAUUAUCCUCCAGAUACUAGUACUUCAAUCAAUUCACUAAAUAUAGGCGGUGUUUGGCCUACAAGAAUAACGCGUUGGGAAGGAUUUUUGACCGAAGUAAAUCAGUACAACUUUAUUGAACAGGAGAGAUACGAGACACCUCAAUUUUUUAAUGAUGUAGAAGUAGUUGUUGAAACCAAUAUCUACACUGCUAUGGAAGUCAAUAUAUUUAGUACAUUGAACAAAGUUAUGAAAAAAUACAAGUUUGCGAAGCAGAAGGAUUCUGACUUUCCAAAUGAUGAUCCUAAUAUUGGUCUUUUUGUACCAGUCUACACUUGUCGUCUCAUUAACAAUGGGAUUCAUGGAAGACAAAUCUUGGCACUCGAAAUCAAGAGACAAAUCGUUGUAGAGGGUUUGGUGCAAAUCAGUAAUGAAGACUUGGAAGAAGAAAGUUUUAGUAGGAGACAAAAUUUAUCAUUACAACAAGAUCCGCAAAGCUCUGAAAACACACAGGUUCUUAGAAGUCUGAGCAGUUCUUAUUAUGGCUCAAAUGUGUCAUCCAUGUUUACUUGCAACCGUGAAACACGGCAGCAACCACAAGAUAAAGAGGAAAUUACAGAGCAGGAUUUUGAUGUUGCAGAAUUUAAGCUUAAGAGUUUAUUAGGCUAUGGGCAAACUGGAGGGACUUACCAAUGUGAAUUCUAUGGGCAAGCAAUAGCCUUGAAGGCUUUAAAUCUAUAUAAGAAUAGCCGAUUUUUUUAUAAAUUGCAAAAUGAAAUCGAAAUAUACAAACGUCUUACUAAAAUUCAAGGAAUGUAUAUACCAAAAUUGGUAUGUUAUGGUUAUUAUGGAGGCGGGAUGGGCUAUAUUAUUGGUACAACAAUUGUUGGUACUAUGCUGAGAUUACAUAAGAUAGAACAACGGCAAAAAAGUAAUGCUCUCAAGGCAUUAAAGAUAAUUCAUAGUCAUAACAUUCUCCACAAUGAUAUUAGAGAAGAAAAUAUCUUAGUUAACGAAAAAA